AGAAAAUGGAAAAAUUCCAGACUUCCUUCAGUGAUGAAAUCAAGAAGGAAUUUCUGAAGAUUUCAGAAUCCUUCAGUAUCAUGAAGGCAGAGGACUAUUUCUACAGAAACUUCUCUGGAAUCUUCACUAAGCGACCUGUGGACUCCAAGGCCUGGUUUGCAGAAAUCGUACGGCAUUAUGAAGAAGUUAAGGCGCUUGCCUUGGGCACCGGGCCGGUGCCCAAGAGCAUCUUAACUCCUAAAUACGACUUCAGCAAAGUCCUGGCAGGCUAUCGAAGAAGCCUAGGCCGGUCGGCAACUGGCGAGAAGCGAGGUGGCUCAGCAGAUCGAGAGAUUUUGAAGAAUUUUAAAAGAAUUUUUGAGUGUGAAGGAACACUUGGUAAUACAAAUUUUCAGGCUGAAGAGCGGGCCUUCAACAACCAUCUUCAUAGACUGAGAAGGGCUCAUCAGAUUGAGAUCAGAAACAUCAGGAUGAAGUUCAUCUGUGUUAUCGACGAGAUGGUUAAUAAAAAGUUUGAAGCAAUCCAAAAAGCAAUAGAUACUGAGUUCUCAAGAUUUCAGUUAGAAAAUCAUGCGAAUAAAAAUAAAAUCAAACUUUUAAGCAACGAAUGACAACAGUUACGGAAGAUCAUUUCGGAUUACGAGAUCAUCGUUACAAGUGAAACUAUUCAGGACCAGAACCUACAGAAGCCUGGUUCGGAAGCUGGAAAAUGCUUGCAAGUUUUGAAACCUUCUAGCCACAGUAGAAAGCGGAGUUCUAAAUUAUUUUAAAGAUCCUAAUAAACUUGCUCAGAAUGAAAAUAGAGGCCACUUUAGAUCAAAUUCCAAAGAAAUCCAGAUUCUGAAGGACUUUAACAUUGAUGAGUUCAACAAAGGACUUUCUAUAUUUAUGGAUGUAAUGGAGACUAAGCUCAAGAAGCUUGACACAAAGCCUCUAACCCUCAACCAGCAAUGACAAGCGAUAGAUUACAAGGCAAGACAGGCUGAGGAGGAAUUUAAAGACAUAACUCAGAAUCUGGAACAUAAGAUAGCCCUCCUAAAAGAGGACCUUAAGCAACAGACUUGUACUUUCGCCAAGAAGCAUCAGCUUCUGGCUCAGCUGCAUCACUCAAAGGAGAGAAAGUACUUGGCAGAAGUAUCUGGCUUAGAGGAAAAGUGAGGGAAGUUGUUUAAGGAGUUGGUACAGGUUAAGAGGGUCUUAAGGUCUCCGUACCUGUAUUCAAAAUACAGAAAAGCGAAAUUCGAGGAUUUCCCUGACCUAGACCUUCCUAAAUCCAAACUUCAAAAAUCCAAAAAAUCCCCUAGAAAACCCAAUCUGUCCUUAACCAUGGAGAAAGUAGACAGCCUUGAGGAGGAAUCCCAACUGGGUAAUCUCUCUUGUCGUACAGCUGAUAGGCUAAGCCAUCUUAAGAAGCCUAAUUUUCAGAGAUGACUCCCUUCCUUGCGUAGAAAUCAGAAGUUAUAACUGCUAAGUUGAAGUAUGUUGACCUUAAGAUUACUGAUAUUAACAUCAAGAGGAGCAGACUCAAGAAACUUAGUAAAGAGGAUAUUUUGAAGAAAAUCAGAGUUAAUAAGGAGAAGUUACAUAAGAGGCUUACUAAAAGCCAUAGUAAUAACAGUAAGAAUCUUGGUGCCAACCAGAAAUCGAAGAGUGGACUCAAGGCUGUGGGGAAGACAAAUACUUCAGGCAAAGGUGUCACUAUACCUGGAAGUACACAUACAGAAAGGAACAUUAGUGACGGUAGGAAGAGAACAGUUGUUUAUAAGCGUCAUCAUCCUACUGAAAGAGGCCAAGAUAAGUUGUCACUUAUUAACGAUUCCUUGCUCAACUCAGAGCAAGAAAUAGCUCAAACUAGCCUUGCCAUUCUGAAGAGAGGAAAUAAAAAUAGGAAGAUGAGUAGCUUUGUGUCAAAGAAAUCCACUAAAAUUCUCAGAUCUAAGAGAUACAGGGAUAAUAACCAAGUCUAUGGGAUCCCUAGAAAUGACCAAAAGAAGCUGCUUAAUGAGAAAUUGACAAAGUCUUUAAAGUCUUUUCAAAUUGGGGGGCCUAGUUUCUUUACCUCUAACAAUGUGAAGAAAAAGGCUGGGUUGAAGCUCUUAUGAGCUGGGAAGCUAAGGAGCUUCUCUGAGAGAUCUUACUCUCAUGAUCAAAGCUCAGUGGAUGCUCAGAAUCUGUACAACAAUCAUGAUGUGUAUAAGUAGAUUCUUCAACCAAUUUCGAUGAAAA